GUUGCAUGCUGGCUGGCCGCUGCGCGUCUAUUUGUAAAAAAAGUCGAUCGCGGCGUCGGCGCAGACGAUGUUGUUUUGGAUCGUCUCGAUGUUUUGGUUUUCGCGAUCAUAGCUCGUGGUAUGCCAUACUACGUGCCGUACGCAAACGUACACUGACAAGUACAUGUGCACCUAUAUUUCGGCGUACGUAACGUCAGCAUCAGCAUCAGCUCGUUGUGCUCUUAAUAAAGUUGGAUGUGCAUCGAGACAAGGAGAUUUUUAUAAACCGCUUGCAGCACUGCAGCAGCAGCAGCAGCAGAGGACCAUCGUCAUCAACAUGCCAGGGGACGAGCUGCAACAACUUGAUGUAGCGAGUGGUGUCCUCGGCGUGACUCGCGAGGCAUCGAUACGGAGCAGGUUAUAACGGCCCCGUGUAUGAUAAUAGAGCAGUGCAGGACAGAGAUCGUUUGAUAAUAAUAAACAUACACAAAACACGUCUGUCCGUGUCUGUGUGUACGAGACGAUCCGGAUAUACACGGAGCCACGGUGUCAGGAAAGAAAAGUAAAAUAAGUCGAUACAUAAAACACAAAAAUGCCGAAUCCAGGCUUGGCCGUGAUGCUGGUGAUAGGUGUGGGCCUCGGGGCGAUGCUGUACUAUCUGUUCGCGAGCACGCAGGACCAGCAGCAGGGCGGCCAGAGCAUGGGCGGUGGUGGCCAUCGUCAGAGCUCGCGAAGCCGACAAAAUAUGUCGGACGCCGACAAGAAUUAUUGGAACUCUCAGCAGUCCGGCAACCAAGCUCGCAAUCGACGACCCGAGAGGCACUGCGCGAUAUGCCUCGACGACGCCACCAAGAUCAACGGCGUCAAGCUCGUCCCCUGCUCCCACGUCUUUCAUCUGAUUUGCAUCGAAGAGUGGAGGAGCAAAGGAGAAGGGAGCGCGAGGAAUCAGUGUCCGAACUGCAGGAACGAGAUCGUCGGAUUCGAGGAAUUAUGAUAGGUCAUCGCCGUCGGGCGAAACUUUUUACCGUGAUCACCUUUUCGUUGUGACGAAUUUCGUUAUACGGAAGUUCGAGCUAAUGUUCAUUUUUACUUACGAAGAUAAUAGUUGUAGUAGUAUCGAGUGCUGGAAUCUCCAUUAUCAAGUGUUCUUUUUUCAAAGCUCGACGCUGUUUUGAUUGUGAACCUUUUUAGUAAAUAAGUUGCCUGGUGCCUGUUGUAUUGUUUUUUUUUAAACUUUAUACGAAGAAAAAACAAUCUUGUUUUUGUAUUCCUCGAUUUUUCGAGGGCUGCGUGUCGCUAUAUAUGUGUAAAGCGAUUAAUUAUAAUUCAUCGUUAUUCGUUUCGUAAGUCAACAAGACACACAGUGGAAUUCGAGAGAACAUUUCAUAGAAUUUUUACUCCAAAAAAAACAUAUAACGUAGUGGAUACAUUUAAAAAGUUUUACGUAUUUUCCUAUAUACAUUGUAAACGAUUGAAUAUCUGUUGUCUCGUAUUGCGAUGCUUCGAAUUGAAAGUUUAAUGUUAAAAAAAAAAAAAAAA